AUGAACAGUAGUUUGGUUGCUUCCUACCUGUUUACAGUGGAUAAAAAUGAAGAUGAUGCAAAGGACAUUAUAAACCAUAUCAUAAGAGAUCUUGUCGAUGACAAAAUUGGAAUCGUUGAUGUGGUUACUUCAAUUGGAGAUUAUUUGACCAAUACGAAUGUUUCCAUGCGAGCAAAGGCUUUGCUUUUGCUUUCCCAGGUUUUGGAGGGAUUGCCGAAAGACCGACUUCCUGUAAAGCAUGUGUCUGUAUUGAUCCAAUUUUAUCUUAAUCGUUUAGACGAUGAAGUUACUUUAACGGAAAAUUCGUUGGGAAUUGCUGCUUUACUCCACAUGGACAAUUUUCCAGCCCCUAAAGUUGUGGAAGUUUGCUACUGCUAUUUUGAUGCCACUGAUAUGCCUAAGUACUCGCAGCAAACGCGAUAUAGUAUUUUGAAAAUCUUUGAUAUAAUUAUCGAUGAAUACCUAUUUGACAUAUCACCCAAUACAAAAGAUGCGUUCUUUGCAGGUAUAUGUACAAUUUUUGCAGGUGAAAAAGAUCCAAGAAAUUUGUUUUUAGUUUUCUCUAUGCUGCAAAAAAUAUUAAAACGAUUCCCCAUAGGUGGAUUUGAGAAGCAAUUCUUUGACAUAACUUACUGUUAUUUUCCCAUUACAUUUCGAGCUCCCCCCGAUGCACAAGCUUUAACAAUCACGACAGACGAUCUGAAAGAACAAUUGCAGAACACCUUGAUUGCAACUGAUGCCUUUUCGAACUUACUUCUUCCCGAAUUGUUUAAGAAACUAAAGGCUUCUGCUGUUCGUGUCAAGAUUGAUGCUCUUAAAAUUUUUAUUCAAGCCUGCCAAAUUUGGCAUCCCAAUUCUUAUUUGUGGAGCUGUGCUGAGUAUUGGGAAUCCAUAAAGCAAGAGAUCUUGGAAUCUACUGAUACAACAUUGCAGAAUACUGCGCUCAAUGCGUUAAAUCUUUUGGCAAAGAAUUUGUAUAAGGAAAACGGUUUAUCGUCAAACUUCACAGACUUUGUUGACAUUGUUAUAACUCAUUCCUUUGAGAAUUUCUCAAAAGAUUUCACCGUAAAAAUCGCUUCUGCAGUCGGUGCUGUUUUUGCAGCAAUUGCUUCUGUUUCCGUGGAGAGUUUCAAUCACUGCUGUGAUAAGCAUUUAGGGUACAUCAUAGAGUUGCCAACGGAGUCGGAAACUCUCGAAAAGAGGCAUGGAAUGCUAAUUUUUUUGAAUUAUGUGUUUAAAUGUAACGCUUUGUUAUAUGGAAAAUGGAGAAGUCAAAAUGUCGUAGACGCUCCUAAUCCUUUGCUUCCACACAAAAACAAAUUUUUGAGUUUCAUGUCUGGAUCUUUAAUGGGCGUUGCAAAGGACGAAUUGGAUUUGCGGGUUUCCGCUGUCGAUGUUUUAUUUACUCUUUCUACCAUAAAAGGAUAUUUGGAUGUAAAUGAACUCACGAUGAUUGUUCAAUUUUUGGUCGAGCUGGCCUUCGACUUGGAUGACCCCUUGAGAAAAAGCGCUACUGACAAAUUGAAAGACAUUGGUUUAUUCAAGCCAGACAUUAUAUUAUUGGUGGCCUUUCCUCAUGCUUUUUCUUUGUUCCCUGAGACAUCAUCUAAAUAUAGUUCUGCCGAAGAUGCUGCUUUUAAGCACUCACUUCAUAUUUUGAUGACCAUCUCUGAAGAAAAAAGCCUUUUCAAAACUUUAGUUAUUAGAAUGACUGAAGCCUUAAAAGACCAGCAAAAUGCGGCCAAACAUGACUCUUAUUUUACAAGCGUCAUACUCCACAAUCUUUGUCUUGCUUUUCGAAAUCGAAACAUUCAAAACAGGGAUGAUGUACCUUCUUAUUUAGAAAGUUUGGUAUCCUGGUUAUAUAGUAUUAGCUUCAAGUAUGCUCCUAUUUCCGCUUUGAGUGUCAAAGAUCUUACUAGUAUUUCACAAAUCAUUAACGAAAUUAUCCGAGUUUGCCCCUUGAAAAACCAGAUUUCUUUCUCAGAUGACCUAUGGAAACUUUAUUUUACUAAUGAUGAGUCUCAUCUCAUACAAGAUGAUAUGUCUGUAAGAGAGUUAUCAACACAGUUCUGUCUUGAAGAUGCAAUGACUGAUCAGAAGUAUGCUGGAUUAGUAUUGCUUCUACAAGGAGGUAUGAAUGGCCUUCAACGAUCAGUUCCGAUCAUUAAAGACUUGCAUGUGACUUUAUUGAAUUCGUGCAUUGGCACUGUAGAAAAAGCCACCAGUCCAGCCGUGAUGUUGUCGGCUUUACGAUUGCUAUCUUCACUUUUGAACAAAUGCAGCAAAGAUGAAGAUAUCAAUAGCUAUCUUCAAUCACCUGCUGUUACAACUUUAUACAAAAAAGCACAAUCGAAAGAUAAAGGACAAUCCCAGACAGGAGUGCAAAUCCUAUCUUGGAUUGCGAAAGCUUUAGUUUCCAGAAAGCAUCAAUAUGCUAACAGUGUAGUAAAUUACCUACUUGAUUGCUUGCAUUUGGAAGAUGCUGCUUCAGUUGUAACUGGGUUUGCUGUUAUUAUUAGGGAUGAUCCAGCCUUAAACAAAACCAAUCAUUAUGUUGAAAGAAUCCUCUAUAAGCAGAAAUUUUAUGCAGAGGUGAUGCCUAAGCUUUUAGAAGCCAUACGUAAAGUUACCUCCAAGGAAAAGCCCUUCUACUUGAUGGUUUUAUCGAUUGUGAUAGGUAAUGUUCCUGAAGAUGUUGUGAUUCCUGACAUGCCCACUGUAUUACCUUUGCUCCUGCAAUGUUUAAUGCUUGAGGACAGCGGUGUGAAAUAUUCUGCCCUUAAUGUUAUAAUGACUGCCAUUAAGGAAAUGCCUUCCCUUAUUUCUGAUUAUAUGAACUCAUUAAUCCUACCUCUACUUACUAUCCCCAAGGACAUCAACAAUCCAGCUGCUAUUCGACUACUAGCCUUGAAAUGUUUAGGCUUAUUACCAGAACUUAUUUCUCCAAUCCAUAUGCAGCCUUACAGAGCGAAAGUGAUUCGUGAAAUGGUACCAUGCCUUGAUGACAUUAAACGUGUUGUAAGAACGGAAGCCAGCCGAACUAGACAUAAAUGGUAUACAUAG